AUGGACUCAUCCCUCCUCAUCAAUUGUGUUUUCAACGUCUUUCUGUCAUACACCGCCACUAUGUUAAACAUUAUAACAAUUAGAGCACUGAGAAAAACCUCAUCGCUGCCAAAGAAUUUAAAAACACUAUUGCUGAGUUUGGCUGUUUCUGAUCUUGGUGUUGGAUUUCUGGUUCAACCUUUGUAUGUUGUUUCUCUUGUGAUGAAGUUAAAAGGCGUCCCUACGACCAUUGCUUUUUUCACUAAGGAAGCUUUUCAUUUUAUGGGUAUCAUCCUUGGUUUUGCAUCGUUCUUUGCUGUCACGGCGCUAACUGUGGACAGAUUCUUAACCCUGCAGCUUCAUCUCAGAUAUCAGGAACUUGUGACUUACAAGCGUGUUGUUUCUGUAGUGAUGUCAAUUUGGGCAAUAAGUGCAUUUUUUUCCAUACUUGAUCAGUUUUACGGAGAAAUAAUGUACUUUGUUAAAGGUACACUUUCGCCGGUUUUGUUUAUCCUUUCAGCAUUCUUCUAUUGCAAAAUGUUUUUGGCCGUGAGACGGCACAGAAAUCAAAUGCAGGACUUACAACCACAACAACAAGAACAGAAUGUGGAAGAAACGACAACCGCCGCAAAGCUGAGAAAAUCGAUGGUUGGUACGUUUUACGUUUAUCUUGUGUUUCUUGCCUGUUAUUUACCGUAUAUGUUGGUCAAUAUUGUCCGCACUGUAAAAACAACUAGCCUUACCGACACCUUACGUUAUUACGCCUUGACAUUGGUCUUUCUUAAUUCGUCUCUCAAUCCUUUGGUUUAUUGCUGGAAGAUGAGACAAAUUCGACCUGCCAUCCGGGAUAUACUGCAGAAUAUCUUGCCA